UCACUGAAAUACAUGGAAUUUUCCCAUACAUUACAUUCCCUUUUAUUUCUCCUUUGUAUGACAGGACAUUAUAUUGAUUCGGGGGGGGAGGAAUUUAUGUACAUAAGUAGGUUACAUUACCCAGGAAUUUCAUUUCAGAGUGGGAAAGGGGCAACACAAAAUGCACUUAAUAAAAAAGGGGGUACCAGUCUGACAGAAUUGAACACCACUGUUGUAGGGCCGAUUAUUAGGCCCCUGAGGUUGAAUGGCAGGCAAAAAAUUCACCAUUACCUGGGCUCUGUGGAGCCUCCAUUUCCCCAUCAGCACAACAAAUGACAGUUUGAUUAGCAAACAUCCCUAAGUUCCCCCUUUUCUGCUCCAGAAUUAAAAUAUUCCAGAUGGGAGAGAUCCAGGAAAGCUUCCUGGAGGAGGGGAGGAGUUAAAGAGCUCAUUGUUAUGUACUCUGUAUUGAGUAUGUCCACCAUACCAGGAGGUAUGUGAAGCUCUUUUAUCCUCACAAGAAUCCUGAACCAGAGGGGCGAAGUUAUUUAGCUAGGAUCACACAGCAAGGCAGCAUUCGAACCCAGGUCUAGGUGAUUGCAAAGCCUGGGAGGUCCUGGCAGAUGAGGGGAAGGAAGGAAGGGGAGGGGCCUUCUGAGACAGUUGUCCCAGAAUGGGCAUAAACAGGAUGUGGUGGUGGAUGAAACCUUUCCCCUGCCCCACACCCCGCCCCCUGAAGCCUUGGUCCCCACCCCUAGAAGACAGCGGAACUGAGAAAAGAAGAGGCCUGUGGACAGAAAAGUCAUGUCCGAUUCCCUGGUGGUGUGCGAGGUGGACCCAGAGCUAAAGGAAAAGCUGAGGCAAUUUCGCUUCCGAAAAGAGACGGACAACGCAGCCAUAAUAAUGAAGGUGGACAAAGACCGGCAGAUGGUGGUGCUGGAGGAAGAAUUUCAGAACAUUUCUCCAGAGGAACUAAAAACAGAGCUGCCAGAGAGACAGCCGAGGUUCGUGGUUUACAGCUACAAGUAUGUGCACGAGGACGGCCGAGUGUCCUACCCCUUGUGUUUCAUCUUCUCCAGCCCCGUGGGCUGCAAGCCUGAACAACAAAUGAUGUAUGCGGGGAGUAAAAACAGAUUGGUGCAGACGGCGGAGCUCACGAAGGUGUUUGAAAUCCGCACCACUGAAGACCUCACCGAGGCCUGGCUCCAAGAGAAGUUGUCUUUCUUUCGUUGACCUCUGGGUUGGGGAACUGAAAUCCUCAUGUCUGAAUUCCCGAAGAGACUGGGAACUCGGACCCCUAAGGACCUGAACAUCAGAAACCCUAAAGAAAUUAAAAUGCAAGAACUCCUCAGCAGGAGGAGUUUAAUUUAAAGAAAUUAAAAUGCAAGAGAUCCUCA